AUGUCUCUUUUGCGAUCAGUCGUCUGCAGAGCAUGCAGAAGAACGCAAUUCCAAACCCAGCGCGGCUUUGCCACCGCCAGCGCUUCGGCCCGCGACAACAGGGUCAAGCUCGUCGAAGUCGGACCCCGAGACGGCCUACAGAAUGAGAAGAAGACGAUUUCCCUGGCUACCAAGAUCGAACUGAUUGAAAGGUUGGCACGCACUGGCCUGGAUACCAUUGAAGCCGGCUCUUUCGUCUCUCCCAAAUGGGUUCCUCAGAUGGCCAAUUCCGCCGAAAUUCUCGAACACCUUCUCCAGCAAAAGAUUCACUCCCCCGUCCCGAUCUCAUACGCCUUUUUAGCGCCCAACACAAAAGGUCUGCAGAACGCGGCGGCGCUGCUCAAGCAGCACCAAGGCGCUUUUACGACGCAGGCGAAUCCCGCGGCGCCCGGGGACAAGACGCCCAAGCCGGGCGUGGAAGUUGCCGUGUUCGCGGCGGCGACGGAGAGCUUCACGCAAAAGAACCUUAAUUGCGACAUUGCGACGUCGCUGGAGCGGUUCAAGGCGGUCAUCCAGGACAGCAAGGCGCUAGGCCUGCGGGUACGGGCGUACGUGUCGGUGGUGUUGGGGUGCCCGUUUGAGGGCUUCGAUGUAGACCCGCGCAAGGUGGCCGAGAUUGCGACGGACCUGCUCGAGUCGGGCGCGGACGAGAUCUCGCUCGGCGACACGACGGGCAUGGGCACGGCGCCGCGCACGAGCAACCUGCUCAAGUGCAUGGCGGCCGCGGGCAUCCGCAGCGAGGAUAUCGCGAUGCACUUCCACGACACGUACGGCCAGGCGCUCGUCAACACGGCCGUUUCGCUCGAGCACGGCGUCCGCAUCUUUGACUCUAGCGUCGGCGGCCUGGGUGGCUGCCCGUACAGCCCUGGCGCCACGGGCAACGUCGCCACGGAGGACAUGGUCUACUUUAUGGAGACGCUGGGCAUGGACACGGGCGUAGACCUGGACGCGGUGGCGGAUAUUGGUGCCUGGAUCACGGGUGAGAUUGGCAAGGCGAACGACUCAAGCGUCGGCAAGGCGGUGCUGGGCGCGCGCGCGCGGCUGGCGGCGAAUGCGGGCAAGGCAGAGUAG